UGCCCACACCAGCCAUCGUCAAAGCGCUAGCUCCACCGGAAGCCAUGGCGCGCGCCUUCGCGCGCUCCAUCUCCUUCCCGCUUAGCCCGUCGAGGUCCUCGUCCUCGUCCAAGCCGCGCGCGCCGUCGUCGUCGUACCACGCGCGGUCCGUGAGCUUGCCGUGUCGGUCGCACCCGAUCCUGGCGCACCUCCACACCCACAUCCGCGCCGUGCGCGCCUGGGCGCAGCAGGGCCUGUCGGCGUUGGUUGCCUCCGUGGCCGUGGGACUCGCGCACGUCGACGCGCUCCAGGCCGCGCUCGGCGACCUCCUCGACCUGCCCGAGGCCCAGGCGGCGCUCUCGGGCGCCGGCGGCAGCGUCGACCGCCUCCUGGACUCUUUCCUCCGCCUCGCCGACGCGCACGGCUGCUUCCAGGAGGCCAUGGUCGCGCUCAAGCAAGACGUCGCCGAGGCGCUAGCCGCCGUGCGCCGCCGCGACGGGGCGCGCCUGGCCUCCGCGGUCAGGUCGCAGCGCAGGGCCGGCAAGGAGCUCGCGCGCCUCGCCGCUGCGGCCAGGGAGUGCGCCGUCCGGCCAUCGCGCCUCAGCAUCCUCAGCGGUGGCCAAGGCAGCGCGGCGGAGGUGGAGGUGACGGGGCUGCUGAUGGAGUCGGCCGCAGCGACGGCGUCGGCGUCCGCCGCGCUGUUCGGCACCGUGGCGGCCUUGUCGGCAUCCGUGGCGUCGGAGACGUGCUCUUGCAAUGGCACGGCGUCGCUGGUGUGCCUGGUGACAAAGAACAAGAAGAAGAAGGCGGCGCCGGGUUUCGGGGAGGACGAGACGGCGGUUGCCGCCGUGGCGGAGAGGCUGGAGGAGCUGGAGGAGUGCAUCGAGGAGCUAGAGACCGGCAGCGAGAAGGUGUUCCGGAGCCUCGUGCAGACCAGGGUCGCGCUCCUCAACAUACACACGCUGCACAUCUUCUAGCUUUACUACUACCAUCCAUGAACCAUGAUCAAUAUAGAAGAAGGAAUCCAGUGAAAAUGUAAAUAUGUAGAUGGCCAAUAGAAGAAGGAGAUUGUAACUCAAUGUUAGUAGUACUAAUCUUGGUUCUGCGCAUCAAUUAAUGUUCAGAGUUCAGUGCAUACCGGGAAUUAAGCAUGAUGUGUGAUCACUGAUCAGUGGUAAAUCUUUUCAUUGAAAGAAAAUGAGCAACUGAAUACAAGGUUGAUGUAAGGCGUCUUGUUCGGAGUGGAUGUCCGGGCGACUGAUGCCCAUAUCGAUCGUUGGAUUUUUGUAAUUAUCUUUGCUCCCUUCUAUAAAAAUAUGGUAUGCGAUUGGCGUACUCUCGAAAAAAAAUACACUGCACUCAACGUAUGAUCGUUCAGCCGUAGACAAUGGGCCGUGAAUUCGGAAAAUUUAACUGUAAAGGCCCAUCUGCGAUUUACUGCCCAAUCCCAUAUACGGAGAGGUCCAUACAGGGUAGUUGCACCAUAUCAGUAUUUUUUCUACGAAAAGUGUUCAAAAAGUG